AUGUCAAGCCUGUCGCCCACCAACAACCCAAAGCACCAGCUCCAGCUUUACGGCUGCAACUGCGCGAUCUGUCGUAGCCUUCAUGGCGCGCGAGCCUCACUCGCUGCGAUUCCGAUACACCAAAUGAACACUUCUCACGUCGACUCGGACGCCGCUGGUCUCGUUCUCGAGGCUGAGCGCUUGCUCGGCGCAGCACAGUCCAUUCUUCUUCAGUACCACAUCUCCCAGCGAAAUCGACCGCCAGCUAUCGAGCAGCGACCAAAUGGAAUGUCGCCACCUCAGACCGCGAAUGGCGCUCCUCAAGCGACGGGCGACGACACGUCUCCAGCCAAGAGCGACACCACCGUUCACCCAAGCCAGACGGCGACAUCGUGGCGCGCAAGCAGCACAUCCCCCACGAAGAGCGAGAAGCCAGACAACUUCCAAGAGACGAUGAUUUCCAGGCUCUCGGAGCUGGGUCUUCUGCGUGACCAGGCUGGAAACAGUCAGCCAUCGACUCCUACAACUGUUGGCCAGCACGAUGGCAAGCCGGUGCAGAAGUCAAAGUUCCUCGUCUGUGACCACUGCCGAUCGCAUGGCAUCCGCUGUAACGAAGCUUCAGUGUGCAAGGAGUGCAUCUUGCGAGAAGUGCCAUGCACGCACCGCAUGUGUGAGCUGUCGCCGAAUAGCAAGGAGGAUUGUCCCCGCCAGGUCUGCUUCUACGUGCACGAGGAUUGGAUGCCUGAUGUCUACGGAAACCACAACCCGGGCGAUGAGAAUUGGCUUAUCCUGCCGGGCCGAAUCCGUGAGCACCUUACCGCUGGUCAGCUGGGGAAGCUUCAUCAGAAGACUGAUCAAGAGGUUCUUCGAUGCUACCAGGGUGUCUCCAUCCGCCAGACGCAGGCCAAGCAGGCUCUCACUCAGCUGGUCGAGAGCGGUCAAGCGACUUGGGAGACGGCGAACAUGGCGUGCAAGUGUCGUGAAAUCGAAGACGAAGAGCAGCGCGCACGCGCAAUCGAGGAGAAGCUCCGUCGCAUGGCCGUCUCUCCCGGUACACGCGGGUGGGUGCGAUUGUACGACUAUGCUACUGACGAUGCAGCGUAA